CGGAAGUGAGGGAGAGGCUGAAAGCUGUGGCUAGCUUUUUCAGCGUGAGAGAGCUGUUUGUGUUUUGAAGGCAUUCGUCGUCAAAGGAAGUUGCCGCCUCCUAGAUUUCAAUCGACAUCAAGCUGAAAUUACUCUGGAUUCUAGCUAGCUACUGUCUUCUACUUGAUAAACAACGUCCCUGUCUCGAACUGUCAACACCUUCAUCGAGCACCAACUAGCUACAUCUCUCCUGGGUGCAGUCUGGCCAAGAAAAUAAUGUCCUACAGUUGAAGAUGGGAGGUAGUGGCUCCAAAACCAAAGGUUAUUGGCCUUUUGCUGGUUCAGGCAGUGUUGAUGGUGAUCCAACCAAAGAGGGAGUCGACGCACAGUCGCUGGCGAGGCUCCAAAGUUUCCGAAGUGCGACGCCCUUCGUGUUUACCAGACGAAGCUCCCUGUACUUUGACGAGGAUGGAGACCUGGCCCACGAGUUCUAUGAGGAGACGGUUGUGACGAAGAACGGCCGCAAGAGGGCCAAACUGAAGAAGAUCCAGAAAAACCUCAUACCUCAGGGAACCAUAAAGCUGGAGCACCCCUGCAUCCAUGUGGAUUUCCCUGUCGUUCUCUGUGAGGUUUGAUGAAGCCUGGAGCCACGUUUUGAGACCAGACUCAGACUAGCCAAUGUGUCAACUCCGUCCCCCUGUUUCCCUCUCCACCUAUACUUUACCCUGAAGCCCUCCACCUACCCUCCUCUAAACCACCGUGGUCUCCCUGUGAUGAUGUUUGGCAGGAGCCCUGACCUGUGAUGAUAGACAGGCUGUCUAAACACAUGAUUGUGUUGAGCCCCUGCAUGUGGACUCUGUAAAGUGUGGCCUGUGUGCAGUCACGUUACACAAAGUAGUAUGUGGCCACUUACGGAGACCGUCGAUGAUCUGUGAAACACGUCGGUUAAGAUGGCUGAAGACAUAAUUAUGCUCCCGUUACCCUCAACCUAUUCAAUAUAUACAGUAUGUGUGUUAGUGGAUAUGGAAKGAAUUGUGACAACAGCUUGUCUGCCUGUCUCACAGCAGCAGUGUGCUCUGGUAGGAGGAUCCAUUGUACUUUGUAAGGAGAAUGUAAUGGGACAAUUUGAGUUGAACCAUGGGCUGUUAAGUAGAGUAGUGUGUCUCAGAAUAGGCCGGCAAUCCUAUAUCUUUAAACCCCGCCCUAGAGAGUUAAUUUACCAUCUGUACGUAUUAAGGGGUGAGAUUUUCCGAUACCUGUUCAGUCUUCAGAGCUUCCAGAAUAAUGAUAGGGCUUCAACUAUUAGGGCCAUAUCCUGAGGUCAGAGAUAUAGGAAUAUUUAAUGCACAUUUUAUGUUUACAAGUUUUU